AUGAAUAAGUUGGCCAACAUGCGUCAUUGGUCCGAGAGGAUGAGCCCCAAUUUCGGCAUGGGCCGUCCCAACAUGCCCAUCAAUCCCCUCAACCAGCACCCCAAGAACACGGCACAACCGGGCGGCCCCAUUGCCCCGCCCCAGGCUGCCGAUGCCACGAUUCACUACUCGUUCAACGUCCCCUUCUCCGCCGACCUUGCCGGUCCGAACACCGAGGAUAUCGUACACGCCACGACCGAUGCCGUCCUCCGAUGGACGCACCCCGAGGACGCUCCCGACGACGUCCAGGUGCACGAGCUGCCCGCCCACGCACAAAACAUAGCCAACCUGCGCAAGCUUUGCAACGACUUGUCCGUUGGACCGCUGCCCGUAGAAGCCCAUGUGCUGUCAUCGUCGGCCAAGAAUGGCAAGGGCCAACAGGUCACCACCGUCUGCCUCUCGGGUUCCCCCGAGCUCGUCAACAAGAGCCGAGAGACCAUUUUGAAUGAGAUACCCAUUUCCAUGCGCUGCACAACCAUCGACAUUGAUGGAAACCUCGUCUGUGACCUCGGAGCUGGUGUGCUCAAGAAGCCCGUCGUCGAGACACUCGACUACAUCUCCAACUUUUGCGGUGUCGACAUCUUCCUGCUCGGGCCGAAGCUUACACCGAUGGUGGACGGAAUGACAGGUGACUCGGAGAUGCGUAUGGACCAGAGAUGGCGAGUCGCCAUUUACGGUGAUAUCCUUUCGUCGGAACACGCCAAAGCGCGUGUUCUGAUCCAUAUUGACACCCUGCUUGGCCGCGUUGUAGACGUCACCAAAGUCGAACUGUCCCUCCAACAGCUUGUCUGUGGGCGACAUCGAAAGAACAUUAAGCUCAUCGAAUCCUCGACCGGUACCGCCAUCUACUUUCCGCCCCUGUUCUCUCAGAUGUAUCGUUACUGCCCCCCGAACUCGCACCGCCGAGACCCUGCGGACAUCUUCAUCACCGGUGAGAGCCCUCAUGCGAUCGAGCUAGCCAAGCAGAAGUUGCACGAAACCGUCUCUCGGAUCCGGCUUUACGUCAAGGACGUAACUAUUCCCGCAGCCAAGAUUGAUAGCAUCCUGCUCUCGCGACUCGACAAGGUCCGAAAGAUCCUCGAGGCCAACGGAACUUACAUCAUGUUUCCCCCGCUCGCCUGCCAGCGCACCAUGGUUCGUGUACAGGGAAGCGAGGGGCUACCGGUGGAACGCACUGUGCGCGAGCUCAUGUCCUUGGCCGGUCAAUUCUACGGUGCGGGAUGGUACACGCAACAGUCUGAUCAGAGGCAGCUUCCUGGCGCCGCGGACAUUCGGACCAUGCUGGGCGACAUCUGCGCCAACUCGGACGCUGACUUGUCUUUCGACAAGGUGAAUUUCAGCGUCACUGGAUCUGACGACGCCGUCAAGUCCGCCUUGACGGUCAUCUCGGAGCUUCGAUUCGUCACCCAGUCUCCGUACCAGAUUCGCGUCAAGAUUGAGCUUGCCAACGAGCACAAGGAAUUUGUCAGCGGCAAAAAGAAUGGCAAGAUAAACAAAAUCAUGGGACAGAGCAAUGUGCAAAUCAUAUUCGACGGCUUCAACGAGUACAACUUCAACAUCGAUGUCAUGGCGGCUAGCUACGACUCGAUGAAGCAGGGCCUGACUCUGGUCGAGCAGGAAAUGCCCGCAUCCAUCUCCUUUCAUGUUCCUGACCAGUAUCACAAGCGCAUCAUCGGCAUCGGUGGCCAGCAUAUUCAGCGAAUCAUGAAGAAGCACUCUGUCUUUGUCAAGUUUUCCAAUGCGAUGGAUCGAGGAGGCAUGAGCCGCGAGGAUGACGACAUUAAGGUCGACAACGUCAUCUGCCGCACACCUGCUCGCAAUGCUCAGAACUUGGACGCAGUCAAGAAUGAAAUCCUGGAAAUGGUCGACAGAGCAGAUUCCGAGUACACAACUCAAGUCGCCAGUGUCGAUCGCCUUUACCACCGCGAGCUCAUUGCUCGCCUUCCCGAGAUUGACGAGCUGGAGCAAAAGUACAACUGCAAGAUCAACUUUCCCAGCACCGAGGAAGCGAGUGAUGAGGUGACGGUUACUGGCCCGCAGUGGCAGGUUCCCCACUGCGUCGACGAGUUUCUGGGCAUGGUUCCCGACAGGCACGAGCUGGUUUUUGCCCGGAGUUUCGAGCUUGUCAAGUUCCUCGAGUCGGCCGAGUUCGCCUCUGAGCUCGUGACCAAGUUGAGGGUCCAGUACGAGGUCGAGGUCACUGUGCACCAUACCCCUGACGAGGUUACAGAAGACGGCUCUCCAACCGUCACCUUGUUUUGGGGCUUCACCCGUAACAACGCUGGUGGCCUCCGAGACGCCAUCGACCUCCUCCAGGCGCAGCUUGCGGCUGCGGGCGUCGAACCCAGCAUUGUUAAGGGAUCGAUUCCUCGACCCAAGUCGGACUCGUUUGAGGACUCUCUUCAGUACUUUGAUUCGAAGCUGCUUCAGCACGCGCCCACUUCCGUUGCCGCCGACUCUCCCGUCAAGGCUGCUUUUGGCGCCGAAGUUGCUCGUGAACGAAGCAGCAUCCUCGACCGGCUCCGCAGGCCCGGCAGCAUGACAUCCAUUUCGUCCUUCCUGGACCGCAGAAAGAACAGCUCGCACUCGAUCAACGCCAACUUCUUCAAAGGAUCGAGCAACGUGUCCAAAUCGUCUCUCAUUUCUAUCGAGUCGACCCGCAGCUUCAAUGCUGACCGAAACCCCUGGAACGAUAGUGGCGUGAAUCUUCCAGACGACGACCACCCGUGGGCCCCGCGUCCGAUGAGCAAGCACAUUGACAGCAAGCUGGCCAUCCCGCAGCCCGGCGAUGCAACGCCACGCCACGGCAACCGCGUGUCUGGAGACAGCGGUCGCCCUUCGACUUCCCAUUCUUUGAAUUCUGGAUACCCCGCCCCGGUUGGGCCUUUCCGUUAG